AUGAGACUCGCGCACCUCCACUUCCCCGAAAUAACCUCCUUCACGCGGGUCGCAAACCUCCAACAAACCCUGACAACGCGGCUCCUCGCGCACAAAAAGCUCGUAACGAGUCCGUCUGCCAAUGCGACGGCUCCACCACCCCCGGACCCAACAAUAAUCACAUUCUCCCCGAAUCCCGUGUACACAACAGGGCGCCGCGACCUCCCGCCGUCAAACACCACGCCCGCUACCACAAGGACCCUUUCUCUUCCACCUGCACUUGAGCCGAUCCGGUCAAUACUUACUCCGCCGUCGUCAUGGCAGCCACAGUCGCAGCAUGAAGCCCCGCCAACAGCAGAGUACCACCCGACGCUACGGGGCGGACAGACAACGUAUCAUGGUCCCGGGCAGAUGGUCGCAUAUACGAUUCUGGAUCUGCGACGACUAGGUUUGACACCGCGGUGCCAUAUCCGGUUGCUGGAGAAUAGUGUCGUGGACGUGCUGCGCUCGUAUGGGCUCGAGGGGCUGAUCACGGAAGAUCCGGGGGUUUGGGUGCCGCGUCCUUCUCGCGACGAACUGCCCAGGAAGAUCACGGCCGUCGGUGUUCACCUGAGGCGGAAUAUCAGCAGCUAUGGGAUUGGGUUCAAUGUGACGGAGGAGCCGAUUUGGUUCUUUAGGCAGAUUGUGGCGUGUGGGCUUGAGGGGAGGGAGACGACGAGCUUGGAGGGGCAGGGGGUCAAGGGAGUUAUCGUGAAGGAGGUUGCGGAAAGGUUUGUGGAUGCGUUUGUACGGAGGGUAAAUAGUGAUUUCGCGUGUGAGGGGAGUGCGCUGGGGGAGAGGAUUGAAGAGGUUUAUAAAGUGGGCGAAGGAGAUCUUGUAGGCCAGACAGAUACUCAGUAG